UGAGCUGAAGUUCAGACAGCAUUGCGGUAUUAUUACUUGCCGUGGAGGUUUUAGCCACCCGAACCUUUUCAAAUGGGCCCCGUCGCCUAGCGUUCUCUCCCCCAAAAGCCUCCGACUGAGUUGCGCAGGGUGCUAGAAAACAUCGGCACAAACUAGAAGGUUGCCACGUGUGAACAAGUGUGAAGCAUGGCAGCAAUCCCAGCUGGCGGAUCUCUUGUAGCCACCCAUGACUAUUACCGAAGGCGCCUUGGCUCUACGUCCAGUAGCAGCUCGUGUGGCAGUUCGGAAUACGUCGGGGAGGUUAUUCCACAUCACCCGGGCCUGCCCAAGCAAGACUCUGGUCACUGGUGGUCAAGCUUCUUCUUUGCGAAGCAGCCGGGUAUGGGCUCCCUGGCUGAAGAGGCCCAGCAGAAUUCAGGGCUGAGCGUGACCGAUGGGCAGGUGACCUGUAUUGCUCGGGAUAUGGUGAAGAGGCAUGCCAGCGAGAGUAGCGAUGCUGGGAAGUCGGAGGUGGGGAGUCGUCGUUCCUAAAUCCGGCUUUGGGGGACCAACGCUAGGGGACGGAAAAUGGCCCAUAUUUUUAUUUUAUUUUGUAUUUUAUUUUAUGUGUAGAAUAGGUUGCUUUUUUAGUUGUUUUUUUUUUUUUUCAUAACCGUUAGUUUGUUGGGCUUAAAAUUAAAAUGAAGUAAAGUGUUUGUUUUUUGUAUGUUUUUACACAUCUGUAACACUGUGUUUUUGUUACUACUUUUCACUCUCACCAUGUUCACAGAAACAAUAAAACUAUGAAGUAGCCAAAA